AUGCUGUGCGAAGAACCGGAUGGAGGUGCGGCAAACGAUACAAAACUUAAUCGACUGCGUCUACGCCUUGGAGGAUUAUCAACGGGCAAGACCAAGGGCGGAAUUCUAGCCGGAGGAGCUGGAGGAGGGGCGGCAGCAGCAGCAGCAGCGGCAGGAGGCGGUGGUGGGGGCUCCACUGUCACGGCCCUGUGCCUGGUCGAAGGCAACUCAACAAAUACUGUCAACACUGUGGAGGACACCGAGUUCAGUAGCUCGAAUGUGGAUAGCAAGAGUCGUGCUGGCGUCGAGGCACCCAGCACAUCGGGCAGCCAGAUAGCCACCGUCUCCCACCUGGUGGCCCUGGCCAAGCAGCAGGGCCAGGCGGCAACAAAGUCGGUGGCAACCAAUGGCGCUGUAGAGAUUGGCAACGGAAAGCAGGAGGCAUCAGCCACAACCGCAACAUCAGCAACGCCGGCGGUGGCCACGGGCACAGCGUCAGCAGCAGCAUCGCCCACAGCGGAUGGGGAGGACAGCGCACUGGGCAAGGCGAAUGGCUCUGGGGUUGCCGUGGAGGUGCUUGAGGAUCCGCAACUGCAACAGCAGCUGGAACAAGUGCAGCAGAUACAAAAAACUGCCAAAUCCGGUGGCGGUGGGGCCAGCACUUCGAAUGCCACAACGAUUACAUCGAUAUCGGCAAUCUCCCCGCAGACACCCACUUCGCCGACAGGGGGUGAGGGCGGCCCAGUGGCACCGCAGGCCGCCGGUCUGAUGACGGCAAGAACCAGUACGCUGACAAGCUGCAACCAGGAACAUCCGCUGUGCGUCUCUACCAGCUCCAUACCCGUGACGCCCGAGCCACGAUCCAAGCAGCACCCAGGCUCGGCCGCAGCCGGAGCACCCCAUCCGACGGCUCCCCAUCAGCAGCUGUCGAGCAUUGCCAAUCCCAUGCAGAAGGUGAACAAGCGCAAGGAGACGUUGAAGGCGAAGCGCGAACGGAAGGCGGCCAAAACACUGGCCAUCAUCACGGGCGCAUUCGUGGUCUGCUGGCUGCCCUUCUUCGUGAUGGCCCUGACGAUGCCACUGUGCGACGCCUGCCAGAUCAGCGACAGCGUGGCCUCGCUCUUCCUCUGGCUGGGCUACUUCAACUCCACCCUGAAUCCGGUUAUCUACACCAUCUUCAGCCCGGAGUUCCGGCAAGCUUUCAAGCGCAUUCUAUUCGGCGGACACCGACCAGUGCACUAUCGCAGUGGGAAGCUUUAGAUAGUGCAUGCGAAGAGGCGAAGGUGAUUCCCUGGCACAGAUACGAGUAUGGCUGCUGCUUUUAAAUUAUCGCGAUUGACCUAUUGAGCUGAUCCGAGGCACACAAAAUUUCAUUCCCUUCUAUGUGUAUCCAAUUUUAGUCUGCAGUUUCAAUUUUCAAUCCACGAGCCCCGAUAUUGAUAUUGCUCCCUUCGAGUGGAGUAUUUAUUCGAAUUGGAGGUCAUGGCUGAUGGUGCUUCUCGUUGGGGCGCAAAGUGUUUUGCAUUUGGCGCUUUUGGCGUUCAAUUUUCGCUGGCAUGACAGCGACAACGAGCCACAUUCGGAUUUGGCAAGCAGACAAACACCAUUCGGCUGCCAUGGCGUGUGGACGGGGAGGGCUUGAAACAAAUUGUAAACUGUUGGGACGGAGCUAAACUUUCAGCAGGACGACGGUCGGCUGGGAUGGGCUGAGCUGGGCUGGCCACUCAACUGUGGCUAAAAUGAAAGUUUUAUCAAACCUUUAUCGGUACUGCCAUCUGCAUGGGACGAUUUGGAUUCGGUCAAUGCAGCCACUGGAUGGGAUAACACAAGCCACGCCAGACGCCAGCGGCCAUCCGAAUUAUGCCACAAUGCGCAUUACAUUCGCACGUUCCCAGAGCCCCAGAGUCUCUACGACUGCCCGCCCCAUACUGUUAGUGGAGGCUUAUCUACAAAGACGCAAGGGGGGGCGCACAAGUUCUUCUUCUAGCAACAGCUCUGAAUAGUUCCAUUUGCAUUUCAUUGGGUGGUGAGGAGAGAGGCGGGUGGAGGCCCAGAACUGUAGCUGAAACCGACCCAUCUGCAUGUGGCAGCAGCAAAAUCCCUGCCAUUCAUCCAUUAAUUUCCAAAGGCAACACGAAAGUUAAAUUAAGUAACAUUAAUUUCAAAAAUUUCUGCUAAGUUUGGCGCCUGUGCAUUUGAAUGAACUUUUCUGUGAAUAAUCGUAUAUAAAAGUUUGUCGCCGAAAAUGCCAAAUAAAAAAAUAUAAAUGCCAAGUGGAGACUGUUUUUGGAAGCAAACUGAAGCGUUGAAUUGAUUGAAAUGCCACCAAGAGAUACAAAACACCUAUAUAUAAUCAAAAUAAUUAGUUUUAAGCGGCUAACCCCCCAUACACGAGUAAAUAUAUGUACCUAUAUACUAUAUAUAUACACAUGCAUAGAGAUCUCUAAUUCCUAAACUUUUUAUGUGUGUUUUGAACUUGAUGUGAAUUGUAUAUGUACUUAGACAUAGCUCUAUAGAUGAUAGAUAGCAUUCCCCCUCUCUCUCUCUCUCUCUCUCUCUCUCUAAAUCUUCUGCUUCGAGGGAACGGGUCAUGACGUGAAGGGAAGCCAAGGCAUUGAAGCGAGUACUCGAUUAUGUAUAUUGUAUAUGUAUAUUAUAGCUAUAUGGCGCCUCUAUCUAGCGACAUUCAAUGUGUGCAAUGAUCUGAGCGAUCGAUUUGAGCAUCGUACUAUACUGUAGGUAAUAUCGAUAGAUUCUAUUGUAAAGUAAAUUACUCGCAUUGUCGAACCCAAAAACCAGAAA